CAUGAUUGAAAAUGAUUGAAAAAAACAAGAACGAUUAUGUAUAUAUACAUAUUUUCGUAGCAAUGGCUAUCACUACUGAUUAACUGUGAUGAACAGUGAAAUGAGAUUUGUAAUAAUGAGGACUAGAAAGACCAUUGCCAUUCUCGGAGCUGGUUUGAUCCUGGCUUGCUGUGCGAUGAUCUAUUUAAUGAUGGACCUAACUCUUCUUCCUCCUGGACAAGGUCCUAAACUUUCCAUGAGCAAUAAUCAGUGGCUCCAUUUGGAAAACAGACUGGCAAAAUUAGAAAAGGACUUUGAUGAACAUCACAAAGUUAUGAACGCUUUGCAGGAGCAAGCAGCAAAAAUAAAAAAUAAUUUUGUACCUAUUAUACAACCAAGUCAUUUUAAUCACUCUAAUACUAAGAAUUCACGUUUAGAAAAAAGUUUCACAUGUAAUUUUAAUAUUCAGAAAGUCCCCAAGGUUGACAUACAGAUGUUAGAAUUGUAUAAGCAAUUAGAGUUUGAUAAUCCAGAUGGUGGAGUUUGGAAACAAGGUUGGAACAUCAUGUACGAUGAAAAACAAUGGCAUCCUAAUAGAAAAUUAAAAGUUUUUGUCGUACCUCACUCGCACAACGAUCCCGGAUGGUUAAAUACUUUUGAAAAAUACUAUAUGUUUCAAACAAGGAGCAUAUUGAACAAUAUGGUGAUCAAACUGGGCGAAGACAGGAGACGCAAAUUUAUUUGGGCGGAAAUAUCUUUCUUUAAACUUUGGUGGGACGAUCAGUCCAAAGAAAUAAAAGACGAAGUACGUCGUCUAAUUCACGACGGACAAUUGGAAAUUGUGUCCGGAGGAUGGGUGAUGCCAGAUGAAUCUGUAUCUCAUUGGAUCGCUCAAUUGACGCAAUUAACUGAGGGUCAUCAGUGGCUAAAAUAUAAUCUGGAUUAUACACCAAAUUCAGGAUGGGCCAUUGAUCCUUUUGGUCUUUCUCCCACUAUGCCGUAUCUCUUAAAGAAUUCAGGCUUGGAGAACCUUUUGAUACAAAGGGUUCAUUAUUCAGUAAAAAAGAGACUUGCUAAGAAUAAAAAUCUCGAAUUUCGUUGGAGACAAUUAUGGGACGAUGACGGUUCUACAGAAUUUUUAACUCAUGUUAUGCCAUUUUAUAGCUACGAUGUUCCUCAUACGUGCGGCCCGGAUCCAAAAGUAUGUUGCCAAUUUGAUUUUUACAGAAUGCAGAAUUUUGGUCUCAGCUGCCCGUGGAAGAUUCCGCCGAAAACCAUCACCAGAGCAAAUGUAGCAGAGAGAGCGUUGCUUUUACUGGAUCAGUAUCGCAAGAAAGCGCAACUUUUCAAGACUAAUGUAGUACUUGCGCCUUUAGGCGAUGACUUCAGGUAUACACAUCUCACCGAGUGGGAAGCUCAAUAUGACAAUUAUCAAAAACUUUUCAAUUAUAUGAACGAAAAUCAACAUUUGAACGUUCAAAUACAAUUUGGAACAUUGAGUGAUUAUUUUGAGGCGAUCAGAGAAAAACACAAUUUUAAUGAAUUUCCUACGUUGUCUGGCGAUUUCUUUACAUAUUCCGAUAGAGAUGAUCAUUAUUGGAGUGGUUACUAUACCUCUAGACCUUUUCAUAAAAGAUUGGAUCGUGUAUUGUUGGGUUCCUUAAGAGGAUCAGAAGCAUUAACUGCUAUAGCUUGGGCUAGAAGCAAUGAUCAAUUAAUAGAAGGAAGCCUUGCGUCUCGUUUAAGCAAAGCCAGGAUGUGGCACUCUCUGUUUCAACAUCACGACGGAGUUACCGGAACUGCCAGAGACAAUGUUGUGAUAGAUUAUGCCCAGAAGAUGAUAAUGGCGUUGAAUAACUCGGCACAUGUGCUGCAACAAUCUAUAGCACAUUUAUUGAGAACUCCUCAAAUAUCACCUAUGGAUGUAGAAGCUGUGUAUUUCUCAUUGGAUGAAACUAGGUCGCAUCACACGAGCGUAGGUGAGAAGCAUGUUCUCAACCUUGGAGACGAUAAGCCGUCGAGAAAAAUUAUUCUAUACAAUUCUCUCCCAAGAGAGAGAACAAAAGUGCAAACCUUGAUUGUAUCGACGCCAUUCGUUAGAGUUACAGAUCGAAGAGGACAGACUGUUAAAUGUCAAGUGUCUCCUGUUUGGAUUGGUCCAGCUGCAUUGUCCACGGCUAGAUAUGAAUUAUCAUUUUUAGUCACUGUACCAGGAUUUGGUAUUACUACAUAUAUAGUUCACACAUCACACAAAGCGUCAUAUACGAAGGAAGUGUAUCUGGCUAAUGUCACAAUUUUUAACACUGACAUAAGUUUUCCAUCGAUUCCUGGUUUUAGUCAUUUGACAAUUAUGUCGCAUUCGCAAGAAUUUUCAAUUUCUCAACGGCCGAAUUUAUCCGCUUCUUUCGGGAAAUCUGGUUUGUUGAAAGCUUUACGAGUCGACAAUACCAUGUUUCCCGUGCAUUUAGAUUUCGUAAAAUAUGGUACUAGAAGUUCCGGUAAAGAUAGAAGUGGCGCUUACUUAUUCCUGCCUGACAAAUCGGAACCAGAUGUGGUGUUUAUGGACGGCAGGGCAAUUAUUCAUUUAGUAUCUGGACCAAUUUUAUCGAAAGUGUUUAUAGAAUUACCGUACGUACGGCACACUUGUACACUGUUUAAUUCUCCUGGCAGUGAUGGGCUCGGAUUACAUAUAUUAAAUGAAGUCGACAUAACGGAGACACAAAACUAUGAACUUGCAAUGCGUUUCAACACAGACAUUGCAUCCGGUAACCAAUUCUUCACAGAUUUAAAUGGACUCAAUAUAAUUCGACGGCAAAGAUUUUCUAAGCUUCCCACGCAAGGGAAUUAUUAUCCGAUGGCAGCAAGCGCAUAUAUAGAAGAUAAAAGAGUUAGGUUAACAGUUGCUACAGCACAACCAUUAGGCGUAGCCUCUAUGGCAUCUGGUGAACUUGAGAUUAUGCAAGAUAGAAGAUUACUUCAGGAUGACAAUCGAGGAUUAGGACAAGGUGUAAUGGACAAUCUGUUGACAAAUCAUAUAUUUACAUUAAUUCUGGAAAAGAAGGAAACAAAUUGUCCCUUUGCAGUACCAAAAAAUCAUCCGGCGGGAUUAUUAUCUUUAAGCGGUCACUUAGCUUCGGAAGAGUUACUGCAUCCAAUCAUAGUGUUGCAUCCCCAUAAUUCUCUAUCAUUCGAUCUGCAUGCUUAUUUCUCACCACUUCGUUACAAUCUUCCAGUAGAUUUAAGUAUUGUCAGUCUUCGAGCGUUUCCCAUUCCCGAGGGUGCUGGCAAAGGUAUCGGUAUGGUAUUGCAUCAGUCAGCUUUGGAUACUUGUUUUAACAAUUCUUUUUUGCGACACUUCAAUGUUUCGGAAUCAGGAGAAGUAGAUUUGACGAAACUAUUCAAUGAUAUGGAAGAUUGGACCAUAAGUAAAGCACCUCUUACGUUUCAUAAUGUCGGACCAUCUCUGAAAUCGCCUAUUGUAAACUUAUGCCCGCAUCAAAUACUGCCGAUCUUAUUUCACAAGACGCAGUCUUAAUCAGGGAGAAAAUAUAAUACAUAACGUAAUGUGUUAUUUUCCAUUUAUUCACAUAAAUUUUGUUUACUCAAAAUUAUAUAGUCUAAAUCCGAGACCGGUGGAUAUGAAUUGUCCAAUUUGUAUCUGAAACAGUGUAUAUAUAAAAUUACAGUAAUUUUGAUUAAAGGUCUUACUUACAGUACUAGUACAGUUCGCAUAUUAUAACAAGUGCACAAUUCAAAUAUAAAUUAAAUUGCAACAAGAAAUUCGAUGUAUAUUUAAGAAAUGAAGAUAUUCGUAAA